CCCUUUCAACUGGGAAGGGGAGGAUUCACUUUGCGUAAACCCUAGCUCGCAGAUCAGAAGGAAGAAGGAGAGAAAGAAGCGCAGAAAUCGAGGUAGAUCAGAAUGGAUUCAGCAGCUCGGAGAAGCGGUGGAGGCCUUUUCGAAGGGCUUUACAGAGUGAUCAUGCGACGGAACUCAGUUUACGUCACCUUCAUCAUCGCCGGUGCUUUCCUUGGCGAACGAGCUGUGGAUUAUGGAGUUCAUAAGAUAUGGGAGUACAACAAUGUUGGGAAACGAUACGAAGACAUUCCAGUUUUGGGGCAAAGGCAAUCAGAGGAAUGAUUUUUUAAAAACUUUUGUUGUCUGUUUCACAGAUUUUAUACCUCUGGACAGUUGGAGUAUGCAAUUAUGUACUCGGUACAAUUCUAAUUUUUGCAAUAAGUAUUUGGGUGCAUUUGACUUGUAUUUCAAGUAUGUUUGCAUUCAACUGGGAGUUAGAGAGCAUUGAAUCAUUUUGAAUUCUGUAUCGAUACGAUGACGAAAACAUUGUAUUGCUUGGCUUAUUAGAUAUGCCCCUAUUUUCCUGCC